AUGUCUCUUCCUGAUAAAGUAUUAAUGCGAAAAAUCAAGACUAGAGAAAAACAGAAAUUCAAGUUUAUCCAGCUGAAGGAGGCCCAGAUGAAAGCAGACAAACAGGAAAACGAACAAGAAGCCCUAAAUGGCCCUAUUGAGAACAAAAAGGGCGUAAAACGUUCACAGGAAAACGAAGAAGGAAGCCCUAAAAAAAAGAAAAACAAGAAAAAGAAAGAUUUAACUUUAGGAGAUGAUGAAAUAUCAACUGAAGAAUCAACUAGUAAAGGAAAAAAGAAGACAAAAAAAGACACUGAGGAGGACACCAAUGAAAUCAUAAACAAUUUAGACGCACAACUGCCAGGCUCUAAAUCAGGCUUGGAAAUCCUCAGCGACCGUAAAUUCGAAUCCCUCAAAGAAGUAGUAUGUGAAAACACCCUAAAAGCCAUCACUGACAUGGGUUUUAGUACCUUGACAGAAAUCCAAGCCAGAAGUAUCCCUCCCUUGCUCGAAGGCCGAGAUUUGGUGGGUGCUGCUAAAACAGGCUCAGGCAAAACAUUAGCUUUCCUUAUACCAGCAGUUGAACUAAUUUACAAGCUGAAAUUCAUGCCUAGAAACGGUACAGGAGUUAUAAUCAUAUCCCCAACUAGAGAAUUAUCCAUGCAAACUUUUGGAGUUUUAAAAGAACUAAUGAAAUACCAUCAUCACACUUAUGGGUUGAUUAUGGGCGGUGCCAGUAGGCAAACUGAAGCUCAAAAACUUUCCAAAGGGAUUAAUAUUUUGGUGGCAACUCCUGGACGGUUAUUGGAUCACUUGCAAAAUACUCCAAACUUUCUAUACAAAAACUUGCAGUGUCUGAUUAUAGAUGAGGCAGAUAGAAUUUUGGAUAUCGGUUUUGAAGAAGAAAUGAAACAAAUUAUAAAUUUGUUACCUAAACGAAGACAAACUAUGUUCUUUAGUGCAACUCAAAGCAAAAAAACUCAAGCCUUGACUUCUUUGGCUUUGAAAAAAGAGCCUGUUUAUGUGGGGGUUGAUGACAGUAAAUUAGAAGCCACAGUGUCAGGGUUGGAACAAGGUUAUCUUGUUUGUCCUUCUGAAAAAAGAUUGCUGGUACUUUUUACGUUUUUGAAAAAGAAUCGCAAGAAGAAGAUUAUGGUGUUUUUUAGCUCUUGCAUGUCUGUCAAAUACCAUCACGAGUUAUUCAAUUAUAUUGAUUUACCUGUAAUGUGUAUUCAUGGCAAACAAAAACAAACUAAACGUACUACAACAUUUUUCCAAUUUUGCAACGCUGAAACUGGUACUUUGCUUUGUACUGAUGUAGCUGCUAGAGGUUUGGAUAUUCCAGCUGUUGAUUGGAUUAUACAGUUUGAUCCUCCAGAUGAUCCUAAAGAGUAUAUUCAUAGAGUAGGAAGAACUGCAAGAGGAGAAGGUAGUAGUGGCCAUGCAUUACUAAUAUUGCGCCCUGAAGAAUUAGGCUUUCUUUGGUUUUUAAAACAAGCAAAAGUACCUUUAAAUGAAUUCGAAUUUAGUUGGACAAAAAUAGCAGACAUUCAGCUGCAACUUGAAAAGCUUAUUGGCAAAAAUUACUAUUUAAAUAUGUCUGCAAAGGAUGCAUUCAAGUCUUACAUAAGAGCUUACGAUUCUAGUAGCUUGAAGAAUAUUUUUGAUAUUUCCACAUUGGAUUUGGCCAAGGUUGCACAAUCAUUUGGCUUCAGAACACCUCCGGCUGUUGAUUUGAAUAUGUCUGCAAAAAAAGGUGAAAGGCCUGAAAAGAAACGCAAAGGCGGUGGCGGUUUUGGUCAUUUCAAGAACCUAAAUUCCAUGGGCGAUAGGGAUUUUAAGAAAAAUACUGUUUACAGGCAACCUAGGAACAAGGGAAUGUCUGAUAGAAGACAAUUUACACGAUAA